AACAAAACUUCAUGAGGCCAGAGACGUUUUACGAGUUUCCUUGAGUCUUUCUCCUUCAAUUUCCUUGCCUCCUUUCGCUGCAGGUCCAGCGCUUCCUUGCAUCUGCCCUCAUGUCUAGAUCUCCUAAUCUCGUACAAUUAUGCUUUUGCGCCAUUUCAAAAGGCCAUGGAUAUCACCAGUCUUCUUAAUAUUAGCUUCGCCGUUGCUGGCAGCUCCUACUGCCACUCCUACACCACAAGCACUUCCUCAAUUGCUUCAAGAAAACGUACCAUCUUGUGCACAAUCAUGCCUAUGGACUUCGCUGGACGAAAGGUUUCCCGUGGCAUGCUUUGGUCAACAAAGUCUUCAGUGUCUUUGCUCUCAUUAUAGUACCGCGGGAGAGUCACUCGGUGAAGUGGCCUUGGGUUGUAUCUACUUGUCGUGCCCAACACAGGACUCCAAAGGCUAUCUAAGUGCGGCCUACGGAAUAUGCCUAGGACAGGCAUACGCCGUCGUGCCAACCAAAAGUGUUCUUACCUACGUCGUGACCUCUACGGCAUCGCCAUCUUCGACGCAGUCGGUGACUACUCCGACCACGACCACGACCUCGACCUCAACCAUCAUUUCAACUCGGCCUACCCAGACCAGUUCGAAUCAGUCUGCUUUCGCUGAUACUGCCUCAUUAAUAUCGUCAUCUACUUCUUCAGCGACACCGACAUCGGCUCCAGUCGCCAAAGCUGCAGAUGAAAACCCAAGAAUGACGCCUGCGCAGAUUGCUGGGCUGUCAGUAGCGGCAGUGGCUGCGUUUGUCUUGGCUAUCGGGCUCAUGGCUUUGAGCGUGUGGCUAAGAAGACGGAAGGAGCAGCGAAAUACUAUGCUUAUUGAUGAUAAGGGCCGGGGACAGCAGGACAAGGCCUUUUCUACACGGUUCUCGCAUUACGUUCCUGUGCAAGGCAACUCCGACUCUGCAACGCAACUUCCGCACAUGCCUGCACUGGCACUCGUUCAGGGGAGACGCCAGAAAGGAGUCCGCCCAGUGCAGCGGCUUGGAGUAGGAACUUCCAACGGCUCGUCUAAUUCGUCAUUGCCAUUGGAUCAGAUAGGCGUGGCUAUAAGCGCAGAGCUGGAUGGAUAUCCCCUAGCCCCGAAGAAAUCAGCACCAGCUGCCAUCAAGAAGACAACUCCGGACAAUAACCAAUCACAAACCAGCAAUGUUCUACGCCCCGUUAGUUCAAUGACAGAAGAGACUGUUUUUGAAGAGGACGAACCAAGCUUGCAUCAGAGAUCCUCGAUGAUGCCACCACCUCAAGUUCCAGUCCUACCUAUUCGCUCAUUGCAACCCGCUAGGACAGCACCGUAUCCCAACGAUGGCAACGCCCGCAAGAACAGCCGAAACUCUGAGUUGUUUCUAGAAAUCCCGUCCAACAAGGGAGGACAGCAGUCGAAACGGAUGGUUGUAGCAGAACUCCCUGGGAAUAGUGCGCCACAAUCUCGUCCGCAGGCCGCGACACACCCACGUCUCGCAUCGCCUUUCCAACAACCAUCCACAGCUACUUCGUAUCAGUCCAAAGCUACAACUGCAAGCUCGCGCGAAGAUAGCACCUCUGGAGAUAUUAUCGACUACUACUUUUCCAACCAUCGAAGCCGUGAGGCGCCCAAGGCUAGCCCUACGCGCAUCAUUCGGCCUAAAGAGUCACCCAAAACAGUCGAGAUCAGGCCAAAGAAGUCGUCUAGUACGCUUUCUCGGACCUGGACGAACCAGCGUGAUUCGUUGUCUAGCCAAACGUCCUUUGAAACAGUCGAUCCUAACGAUCCGACGCCUGAAGACGAAGACGACCAGAAACAGCUUUCCGACGACAAUAAUAUACCGCAACUGUCGCCGGUCGCAGAAUCUCCAAUUUCCAAUUUGCGGUAUCCAAAGGUGCCGCGAGCCUCGAAUCAGCUAGUAUCACGCAGCCCACAACAACACAGGUUCCAGAGUCCACACAGAGUCCCAGAUGCAUCGUCACUUCUUCACAAACGCAACAACACUCUUCCCCCGCUUCUUCUCGAAUCGCGGCCCCGACUUGAGAGUCCGCAUCGCGAUCCGUUCACCUCGCCGCCGCGCCGUGUCGUCAGCCCACCUCGUAAUAACAGCCGCUCUCAUGUGCGCAGCAUCAGCGCCGAGUCAUGGAACAUGACACCCGCCUCUAAGAAUGGCAUUGAUAGAAAAAGCCGUGUGCAGAGUGGAGCGUGGGGUAAGAGCCCGGUCAUGUACGAGGAGCAGGCUGUGAGGCCUCUGAAUGUGAGGAGGAAGAGAGAGGACAUGACGGAAGUGAACAUUGGAAGAGACGUCAAUGUUGACUUUGACGCAGACGGGCUUAAGAGUCCUGUGUGGGUCCCAAGACUGACGCCGAGGAAGAAGGGUGAAGAUCUAUUUCUGGAGGUUGGGUGGGGAGAUGGUGUGCGAAGGUGA